AUGGAACCCAUGUCUGCACACGUCCAGGAGCUCAUGGACAAGGUGGAUGAGCACAAUGCCAAGCGCGCGUACAAGCGCCGCGACAGCGUGUCGGAGCUGCUGCGCCAGUCCCCGCCCCUGCUCAUCACCAUCUAUCGACAGGACGACACCUGCGUCAAGUCAAGCAGCAUCGACGACAGCGACAUCUUCAGCUCCAGGAGUCAGAGCCCGUCUUCCCCUCCAUUGGAGCAUCUCUCGCGCUCUCCAAGCCCACCGCCCGCGGCAACGGCGCCAGUCCCACUCAUGCCCUGA